AUGCAGCCGGCAAUGAUGAUGUUUUCCAGUAAAUACUGGGCAAGGAGAGGAUUUUCUCUGGAUUCAGCGGUGCCCGAAGAGCAUCAGCUCCUUGGCAGCUUAACAUUAAGUAAAGCUAACUCUGGCAAAAAGGAUGAUAAAAAAAGCAGCAAGGGAAACAGCAGAAGUGAAACCAGUCCCGAAGGCGGCAAAACAGCUGUGGUAUUCUCACUGAAAAAUGAAGUUGGCGGAUUGGUAAAAGUGUUGAACCUCUUCCAGGAAAAACAUGUCAACAUGGUUCAUAUUGAGUCCAGGAAAUCCCGGCGAAGAAGUUCAGAGGUUGAAAUCUUCGUGGACUGCGAGUGUGGCAAAACCGAAUUCAAUGAGCUCAUUCAGUUGCUGAAAUUUCAAACUACAAUUGUGACACUGAAUCCGCCGGAGAACAUUUGGACGGAGCAAGAAGAACUAGAGGAUGUGCCCUGGUUCCCCCGGAAGAUCUCUGAGUUAGACAAAUGCUCUCACAGAGUUCUCAUGUAUGGUUCUGAGCUUGAUGCCGACCACCCAGGAUUUAAGGACAAUGUCUAUCGACAGAGAAGAAAGUAUUUUGUGGAUGUGGCCAUGGGUUACAAAUACGGCCAGCCUAUUCCCAGGGUGGAGUACACAGAGGAAGAGACCAAGACGUGGGGCGUCGUGUUCCGAGAGCUCUCCAAGCUCUAUCCCACUCAUGCUUGCCGGGAGUAUUUGAAAAACUUCCCUCUGCUGACUAAAUACUGUGGCUACAGGGAGGACAACGUGCCUCAACUUGAAGACGUCUCCGUGUUUCUGAAAGAAAGAUCAGGCUUCACCGUGAGGCCGGUGGCUGGAUACCUGAGUCCGAGAGACUUUCUGGCGGGACUGGCCUACAGAGUGUUCCACUGUACUCAGUACGUCCGACAUGGCUCAGACCCCCUCUACACUCCGGAACCAGACACAUGCCAUGAACUCCUGGGACAUGUUCCACUACUUGCGGAUCCUAAGUUUGCUCAGUUUUCACAAGAAAUAGGCCUGGCAUCUCUGGGAGCGUCAGAUGAAGAUGUUCAGAAACUAGCCACCUGCUAUUUCUUCACAAUCGAGUUUGGCCUUUGCAAGCAAGAAGGGCAACUGCGGGCUUAUGGAGCAGGACUCCUUUCCUCCAUUGGAGAAUUAAAGCAUGCUCUUUCUGACAAGGCAUGUGUGAAAGCCUUUGACCCAAAGACAACUUGCUUACAGGAAUGCCUUAUCACCACUUUCCAGGAAGCCUACUUUGUUUCAGAAAGUUUUGAAGAAGCCAAAGAAAAGAUGAGGGACUUUGCAAAAUCAAUUACGCGUCCUUUCUCUGUGUACUUCAAUCCCUACACACAGAGUAUUGAAAUUCUGAAAGACACCCGAAGUAUUGAAAACGUGGUGCAGGACCUUCGCAGUGAUUUGAACACAGUGUGUGAUGCCUUGAACAAAAUGAACCAGUAUCUGGGGAUUUGAUGCCUGGGACUAGGGUCAUUGCCAACAUGAUCUUUUUGGGGCUUCGUAGUAAUUCAGUCAACGUCAUAUAACACUGAUAACUUCCUGUGUCAUGGCUUGGCUAGUAAGCAUGCAACUCUGUAUAUCUCUGUCUACAUGUAAUCUGCUGUGUUAAUGUGUGAAACACCAUAAGGAACCCAAUGACAGAUAACCGCUCAUUGUUUGAAAUAUUGUAACCUGUUUAAACGUCUUCAAUAGAUUUGACAUUCCUACUUGGUGUCCUUAAUCAAACUGCAGCUCUUUAAAAUUUGUAACAAAUAGCCCUCUUAUGAUUCUAGCUUAUUACUUUUUCCUUCUCAGAUCUGAGCAUUUCCUCUGUGUUCAUUAGAUAAAAUGAAAAUAGCAGUGAAACUGUUUUUAUAGUCUCAGUGUUUCCACAGCAUUAUUUGAGAUAAACCCAGAAUUGUGUGAA